AGGCCAAUCACAUCGCAUUACCUAAUGCACCCAUUCGCAGUUUAGCUUAGAAACAUUACCGAAGUCUUUCGAUUUCAAUUGCCCAGGACCAGCAAAAAAAAGACCUCACAAUACCUGAUACCAACAUUGCCGUCAACCCCCAAUUGAUCCACCACAACGCCAUGGCGCCUCUCACAAUCGCCUCCCGCGCUCUCGCGCGAGGAGUCUCGAGAUCCUGCUGCCGUGUCAACGCCGCCCGCGCCAUUUCUACCACAUCCGUUCAGCGAAGCGACGCCGGUUCCUACUCGAGCCCCUUCAAGGGCGAGUCGAAGUCUACCAAUAUUCCUGACUUUGGACAUUACUUUAAUAAGGGCAGCUCGAACACGAAUCUGCUUUUUCAGUAUUUUAUGGUGGGAACGAUGGGUGCUAUUACUGCUGCGGGUGCUAAGUCGACUGUGCAAGAAUUCCUAAAGAACAUGUCCGCGUCCGCCGAUGUUUUGGCCAUGGCCAAGGUUGAGGUCGACCUUAACGCGAUCCCCGAAGGCAAGAACGUCAUCAUCAAGUGGAGAGGAAAGCCGGUGUUCAUCCGACACCGUACAGAAGAGGAGAUUGGCGAGGCGAACUCGGUUCAGGUUUCGUCAUUACGAGAUCCUCAGGCCGAUGAGGACCGUGUUCAGAAGCCCGAAUGGCUGGUCAUGUUGGGUGUCUGCACACAUUUAGGUUGUGUCCCUAUCGGCGAGGCGGGAGAUUUCGGCGGUUGGUUCUGCCCCUGCCACGGUUCUCACUACGAUAUCUCCGGACGUAUAAGGAAAGGACCUGCUCCUCUCAACCUCGAGAUUCCCACGUACGAGUUCCCCGAGGAAGAUAAGUUGAUUAUCGGUUAAAAAAGAAGCGAGCUACUACUUGUACAAUUUUUUAUCCCCCCCCAACUACCACCACUAGACUGGCGGGCCGUGGUCUUUCCAUUUCACAAAUCGUCGAGCUGGACGGCAAGGAUAGACAGACGUAAUGACAAGACUCGUGAGGUUCCACGGCAUUCUUUAGAAGUUUCCUCUGGCGUUGCCAAUUUGUACAAAAUACAUUAAGACUUGUCAAGUUUAAAAUGCAUCAAUACUCCUAAUUCUUGCUUGUGCUUCUUGCUAGGUGGUAUAUUUUUUAUGUCGAAACUAACCGAGAUCAUAUCUAGCCUACCUAUGUGCAAUGUGCGACGGAAUUCAAUACAGUAUUCGCCACAACAUCGGAACGAUCGUUGACGAUUACGUUGGGGUAUAUAAGGGGGAAAGAGAACGAGAGAUGGCCUUCAUUCAGAAAAAUGAGACGAAGAGUAUAAUUCAUACACGGAACGGGCCUGUAGGGAAUGCGGCAUGCUUAUCAUUGAAGUCAAUCGCUGCUUUUAUGAUAUCGAUCAAUCAUAAAUCAUAACAUAUCACAAGAAACUAUAAGAGUAGCGACACGGGAGUGAUAGUCGAUAAAAUUGGAGCAUGUAUGGAGUAGAAUCUGGAGAAAAUCUUACUAUGUC